GACGAACAACCCGUGGCAGCUGUUAUGUUCCGGUAUUUGUCUGCUCUUUCUUCGCUAGAAACUCUUUAUUUUUAAGUGCUAUCCUAGUUUCAAGUAGUUGCACACCUCACUUAUUGAUCCAUAGUCACAAUGACUUACAUAAAUUCAUGGGAAGAAUUUGCAAAAGCUGCAGAAAAGUUGUAUCUUACCGAUCCGUCGAAGGCCAGGAUCGUGAUGAGGUACAGACAUUGUGAUGGCAAAUUGGCAAUAAAAGUCACAGAUGACAUAGUGUGCCUACAGUACAGAACAGAACAUGCACAGGAUGUCAAGAGAAUAGAAAAACUCAACAGCAAACUCAUGAGACUCAUGGUCUCCAAGUGAAAAGGACAUUGUGAAACUGAUACUGAGACUGUUUGCUGUUUAAUUAAGCAGCAGCUUACCUAUGGGAGUUGUGUUUUACCCACUGGGGAAAGAACAGCACCAUGAAACCUUUACUGGCAAUUGCAAAGGACAUCUCUUCUGAUCACCUGGAAAAUAUAACUGCACCAGAAUCUACUGAGAGUUUUAAUUUUGGAUUGUAUACAGUAGCGGGGUCUGCGGAGGAGACAAUGAUGUCUAUUAUAACAAGAUGUGUUCAUCCAAUGUGAAGACUAUAUCUAGCAGAUCAUGUUUUGCAGCUUCUCUCUGGAAAAAGAAGAGCUGAGAAGUCUUUAAGUUACUACUUCAUAAAGAAAUUUAAAAUCACAGUAAUGUUCCUUUGCUAGUUUUUUUUUCAAGGACAGUCACAACUUUGGUGUUAAUGAUUCAAAUUCCUUUGUCUGUAUUCAUGUUACAACUCUCACCCCAAGUAAGGUUCUUAAUUUAGUAAUAUUAUCAAUAUGGUUGAUUGAAGUGGUGAUCAAUGUUGAACCUCCUUUUAUAACUUUUACCUUCUUUUUGUUUCCAUUAAAACAAAUAUAAUCUUAAGUUUACAUCUUCAAUUUGUAUCUAUUUUAUUUUAUUGCGCUCUGAACUUCUAAUUGUGUUUCGUUUAAGUGUUCAGAAAGUCUCAAAGGUUAAGUAAGAUAAGUCUUUUCAUGACAUGAGUACCGUUUCUUAAAAAGACCAGCUUGGACAAAUCGGCAACAAGUGAUCUUUGCAAUCAAUGAGGAUAAUGAGUUCACAUGAGAAUAAACAGAUUGUAGUUCUCUGCUGCUUUUCAGAAAUAUUUG